GCGGCCGCGGCCGCCCUCAACGCCACCUGGGCCAAGUACAACAACGACACCCUGCUGCUGGUCGCGCCCGAAAAGUGUCUGCAGGUGCGCAAGUACUGGUGCUUCCUGCUCUCCUCCAUAUGCACGUUUUUGGCAGGGCUCUGUAUCGUGCUGGUAUGGAGGCUGUUUGCAUUCCUAUGUUGCCGCAAGGAGGCGGAAUAUGGCCCAAACGAUCCGAAGCAGAAGGAACAGAAGGCCGCGAGGCAGGGCAAGCAGGAAUUCGAGGGCACCUUCAUGACCGAAGCCAAAGAUUGGGCAGGCGAACUGAUUUCAGGACAGACGACCACUGGUCGAAUUUUAGUGGUUUUGGUGUUCAUACUGAGCAUAGCCUCCUUGGUAAUCUACUUCAUAGACGCCUCAUAUUACCAUGCUGGCGAGGGCGUCGAACACUGUGAAGAAUGGAGUAAAAAUAUUACUCAACAAAUUGAUCUUGCCUUCAACAUAUUUUUUAUGGUGUAUUUUUUUAUAAGAUUUAUAGCAGCUAGCGAUAAACUAUGGUUCAUGCUUGAGAUGUACUCGUUUGUAGAUUAUUUUACGAUACCCCCGUCCUUCGUUUCAAUAUAUCUGGAUCGAACAUGGAUAGGUCUUCGAUUUCUUCGAGCCCUACGACUGAUGACCGUACCAGAUAUCCUCCAGUACCUCAACAUUCUAAAAACGUCAAGUUCGAUACGUCUUGCUCAGCUAGUCUCAAUAUUUAUCUCUGUUUGGCUCACGGCAGCAGGCAUUAUACAUUUGCUGGAAAAUUCAGGUGAUCCCUUAGACUUCGACAACCCGCACCCCUUACCUUACUGGACGUGCGUCUAUUUCCUCAUUGUCACAAUGUCAACUGUCGGCUACGGUGACGUGUUCUGUCACACGGUUUUGGGAAGGACAUUUUUAGUGUUUUUCCUACUGGUCGGCUUGGCUAUUUUUGCUAGUAGCAUUCCCGAAAUCAUAGAUCUAGUAGGUACUAGGUCCAAGUACUGUGGCGAGUACAAGAGAGAACACGGAAAGAGGCAUAUAGUGGUUUGUGGACACAUAACGUAUGAAUCGGUGUCCCAUUUUUUAAAAGACUUUCUGCACGAAGACAGGGAAGAUGUUGAUGUUGAAGUGGUGUUUCUUCAUCGGAAGCCGCCCGACCUCGAACUGGAGGGCCUGUUCAAAAGGCACUUUACCACGGUGGAGUUCUUCCAGGGUACGAUAAUGAACCCCAUCGAUUUGCAAAGGGUCAAGGUACAUGAGGCGGACGCCUGUCUAGUUCUAGCAAACAAAUAUUGCCAAGAUCCAGAUGCAGAAGAUGCUGCCAACAUCAUGAGGGUCAUCUCAAUAAAGAAUUACAGUGACGAUAUUAGAGUUAUUAUACAAUUAAUGCAGUAUCAUAAUAAGGCUUAUUUACUGAACAUUCCAUCAUGGGACUGGAAGCAAGGCGACGACGUAAUCUGUCUUGCUGAACUCAAACUGGGAUUCAUCGCUCAAUCCUGCUUGGCUCCCGGAUUUUCUACGAUGAUGGCAAACUUGUUUGCUAUGCGAUCCUUCAAAACUUCUCCCGACACGCAAGUGUGGCAGAACGAUUAUCUCCAAGGGACCGGAUGCGAGAUGUAUACAGAGACUCUGUCCCCCUCCUUCACGGGCAUGACCUUUCCUCAGGCCAGCGAAUUGUGCUUUACGAAAUUGAAACUCCUACUGCUGGCCAUAGAAGUUAAAGGCAUAGAAGGUGCCGAUACUAAGAUCUCAAUCAAUCCAAGAGGCGCCAAAAUUGUUGCCAAUACACAAGGUUUUUUCAUAGCACAGUCAGCAGAUGAAGUUAAAAGGGCGUGGUUUUACUGCAAAGCGUGCCACGAGGACAUCAAGGACGAAACACUGAUCAAGAAAUGCAAAUGUAAAAAUUAUGUCGGAAUGAUGAUGAUGCAAACGGGUAUGGUCAAACAAGGCCUAAACGCCUACCAAAGAUACAUCGAUGAUGACCACCAUCCUCCCCCUACUUUUACACCACCAGAGUUGCCCAAGAAGGUCCAUGUUAGAGGUGAUGUGAAUAAUCGUCCUGAUGAUUUACUUAUGGCGCAUCGUAACCAAAAUCACAGGAACAGCACUAUACCCACGAUGAAUAUGGUGAACUCUACUAAGCAGGUGAACAAGGUGAAACCGAAUAUUACUAGGAACGCCACUGAUAAUUUGAUUUCUCCUAAUUAUAAUUCCAGACCGCCAGCCGACCAAGAAACUACGACAUACGCCGGCUAUCAUCUUGCCUAUGAAGUCAAAAAACUCAUGCCCACUAGCCGGACCAGUAGCGGCACGAACCAAAAUAACAACGGGGUGGCGCUUCCUGUCGGUCUGGCAGAUGACCAAGCCAAAGAUUUCGACUUUGAGAAGACUGAAAUGAAGUACGACAGUACGGGGAUGUUCCAUUGGAGUCCUGCAAAGAAUUUAGAAGAAUGUAUUCUGGAUCGAAAUCAGGCAGCCAUGACAGUACUGAACGGUCACGUGGUGGUUUGCCUCUUUGCUGAUCCCGAUUCACCGCUCAUUGGUUUAAGAAACUUGGUUAUGCCUUUGAGAGCCAGCAACUUCCAUUACCACGAACUCAAACAUGUUGUCAUAGUUGGCUCUGUGGACUAUAUUAGAAGAGAAUGGAAAAUGUUGCAGAAUCUACCGAAGAUUUCUGUUCUAAAUGGUUCUCCACUAAGUAGGGCUGAUUUGCGUGCAGUAAACGUCAAUCUCUGCGACAUGUGCUGUAUUCUGUCAGCAAAAGUGCCCAGUAACGAUGAUCCGACGCUGGCCGACAAGGAAGCCAUUUUGGCGUCUCUGAACAUCAAGGCCAUGACCUUCGAUGACACUAUCGGUGUCUUGAGUCAAACCAACGAGGACAACGAGAACGGGACUCCCGUAGGUAGUCCCAUUAUACUACAAAGAAGGGGGUCCGUUUAUGGAGCCAACGUUCCUAUGAUUACUGAAUUGGUCAACGACAGUAAUGUUCAAUUUUUGGAUCAAGAUGACGACGAUGAUCCAGAUACGGAAUUGUACCUAACCCAGCCGUUUGCUUGUGGUACCGCUUUCGCUGUUAGUGUAUUAGACUCGUUAAUGUCUACGACAUACUUCAACCAAAACGCCUUGACAUUAAUACGAUCCUUGAUCACUGGGGGUGCUACACCAGAAUUAGAACUGAUUUUAGCAGAAGGUGCUGGUUUAAGAGGAGGAUACAGUACUCCGGAAAGUUUAUCAAACAGAGAUCGAUGCAGAGUAGGUCAAAUUUCCCUCUAUGACGGUCCCCUGGCUCAGUUUGGCGAGACGGGGAAGUACGGCGAUCUUUUCGUAGCAGCCCUGAAGCAGUUCGGAAUGUUAUGCAUUGGAUUGUACCGAUUUAGGGAUACGAGUUCAUCCUGUGACGCGAGUAGCAAGAGAUACGUCAUCACCAACCCACCAGACGAUUUUCAGUUGUUGCCUACCGAUCAAGUGUUCGUGCUGAUGCAGUUCGACCCCGGCCUGGAGUACAAGCAGGUGCGGGGCGGCAGACCCGGAACAGGCCAAGGGGGCGGCACGGGGGGCGGUGGCACCAACAAAGACGAGAAUUCUUGAUUGUUGCUGUGUAGCGCCCUCACAGAUGGACCCUACUCCUACAUUUAAGUGCGGGAGGUGUCCACUAUCGAUAUUACCCACCAUUCCAGUUUAAUUUUAAGUGUAUCCUAUAUAUAGUUUACUAUAAAGACAAUCCUUGGUUUCGUUAAAGUCGUUUUAGUUUAGUAAAAUGAACCGAUUAGUGAUGAUGGGAAAAGGUAUGCAACUUAUAGUAAUACAUUGAGUCCUAGGACAAAUGUUUAGAUUUCAAUGUGAUACUAGUAGUAGGUACAGUCAAUCUGGCACCCUUUAACUCCCAUCAAAUUACCCCCGCUCUCAUACUUUGCCAGUCGUAAGUGGUCCACUGGAAAAGCUUAAAUUCGAAAUAUCGUAUCCCCUCACCCCACCGUUUUUGAGAAAAUUGGAUUCGAUUUUCUAGCUGAACCGUAGGUCUCACAGAAAGUUUUAUGGGACAAAAAAGGAAAAGAAUUAAAUUCUCUACAUUUUCAUCUCAGUAAUAAACCUCUAAAACCUACGGGGACAAAGUUAGAGGGCGCCAAAGUCACUCAAAUGCAGUUUUUUCCUUUUUCCGGGUGAAACCAUUUUAUUACUGUCGCAAAGUUUUCAAAAUUAUUAAAGAUCAUAAAAAACCGUUUGAGUGACUUUGUCGCCCUCUAAAUUUGUUCCAGUAGGUUUUAGAGGUUUGCUAUUUAGAGAUGAAAAUGUAGAGAACUUGAUUCUCUUCAUUUUUUGUUCCAUAAAAUUUUCUGUGGGACUUAUGAUUCAGCCAGAAAAUUGAAUCCAAAUUUUUUUUUGAGUUUCUCAAAAACGGUGGAGUGGGGGGAUACGAAUUUUGGAAUUUAAGCUUUUCCAGUGAAACACUUAGGACUGGCAAAGUAUGAGAGAAGGGGUAAUUUGACGGGAGUCUAGACCUUUUUUGAUGCCAGAUUGACUGUACAAUAGUUGCAUCAUAUCUUAUGACAUUACAACUAAUAAUAAUCUACUCGACGGAAAGUAAAAAUAUUUUUAUUUUUUUAUAAAUGCGCGUUUUCUAGCUUUUUUCUGUAACGUGCUGGCUUAUUUUUUUGACUAAUGUCCCGUCUACACAUAAUUUUUUACCUGUCAGUUAAACCAGAAGACCGGCAAGACAUAUAGCAAACGGACAUCAGUUUUUUCGACGGUCUUCUGGUCAUUUAUUUUGACUGAACAUCAGCUAUAAUAUUUAAAAAAAAGUUACGUGUAGACUAUAGGCUUUAAACAUUUGACAUCAGCUAUUUUUUUGGUUACUAAAUAUGAUGAAAUAAAAUAAAUAAGGGUAUUUAAAUAUUAUAUAAAUAUGUUAUUAAAUUGACAAUGAAUUUGCAUUUUUAUAUUAGUUUGAUCUGAUGAAAAAAACUACUUUUUUAGUAAAACUGGAAGAACAAAAAUAGUUGUUUCAGACAUGUUUUCUAAUAACAACGAUUAUAUUUCCAAUAAUACUUGAGUAAAAGACGUUAAAAGAAUUAAAUAUCAAAAUUUAUAUUCCUUAUAAAAACAAUUUUUUGGUCCUUGUUUGCUUAUUUCGUUAUUUUUAUUUGCUUGUGGGUAAUAAACUAACAAAAUUCAUUGAAGGCGCUACACUAACAAUCGCAAAAAUUAGGUAUGUAAAAAGAAUCUACUUAUUCGUAUUAAUAAUUUUCUAUUAUUAAUAUACCGGGUGGCCCAUUUUUGCAAGGAAGUCCAAUAUCGUCGUUGUUGAUAAAGAUCUGGAAAAAAGUUUUAUACACAUAAAUGUUGCAUGGUUUAUAAAGGAGCAUAUCCUAAAAUUAUUUUGUUGUAUACAGGGUGUACCAUAAAAAAGUAAUGAUGAAGUUGUAAGUUUAUAUAAAUUGCAACCCUCAUUUUUCUGUACAGAAUUGGAUUCACCAUAAAACUCUACAUAUAGUACCUACUAUUUUUAUUUCAAGGACUAUACAACAAAAUAUUUUUAGGAUAUAAACCAUAUGCAAUAUUUAGAUUAAACUUUUUUUCAUAUCUUUGUCAACAACCACGAUAUUGGACUUUCUCGCACUAAAUGGUUCACCCUGUAUUUUCACCGGAUUAAAUGUAACUGGUAAAGUUUUUCAUGCACACAUUCUGUUACCUAAUAUUUAAAUAAAUAAUGAAUCUAUUAAAAUCAUGUAAACUCAUAAUUCGAUAUCAUUUUUUUAUUCAUUAUUUAUUUUAGUCAUAUAUGCAGUGUGGACCAGUUUCUUGUAACAGAACGUUAAAAAUGCCAUAGAAAAUAUACAUUUUCUUUGUAGCAAGAAGAAAAUGUCAUGUUAAUAUUAGUCCAUACGGGUUUAUGUUAAAAAUACUGGUAGAUCUUUGUACCAAAUUUUGUUAAAAUAUCUUUAUUUUGGGAUAAUUAUUUUCUUCCUAAAAUAUGUUUUAUUGAUCACUGAAGUCCUACUAAAAGUACUGGAACACUCUGUAUAUAUGUGUGAUCCCUUUAAUUCAAAUUCUCCUAUAAAUUGUAUUAAUAUUUUUAGACUUAAAAAUUCAUUAUCUAAAAUAAACAUAUGUACCUCAAAUUAAAAAUUCACUCAAAAAAUACUAAUAUUUCGUGUAUUUUUAAUCUGAGACAAAGAAAAAUGACAAAAGGAGGACAUUAUAUAUUUAUAACAAACGCCUUUAUAGCAUUAAUGCAAAAAAACUGAAUUAUUAACAUACUAUAACUUGUUAGAGCUGCAAGUGACAAUGAAUGAGUAUUACUUAAAAACAAAAACGAUAUAAAAAAUAAAUCUAUACAAUCUCUAAGUAUUAAGUCGCUAUAGUGUGCCAUUUGUAACUUUUAUAUAAUAUAAAAAGUAAGUAUGUGUAGCUUCUACCAAAAAACGCGAAAAAAAACACUGUGUUUUAACUCUUAAGGAUACGACGAUUAUAGUGUUGUUUUCUAAAAUUUCACAAUGUCGGUCGUACAGAUAAUUCGCAAUAUAUAACUAACAUUUAACAGUGUAGAGGUCUGUUACUUGCCUAACAAACUAUUGCCACAGAUUAUACAGAUUAUAAUCUUUGUUUUUUCUUUAUUAUUUUUCGUGGUUCCAAUUUUCGGAAUCGGGCACUAGUCAGGUGACUAGUUUGCGCACAUAGCACGCCCA